AAUUCAAUGCAAGUAGGAAGAAAUGGAGAUUCUUUACAACUCCACUGCAGUUCUCUUUGCAAUCAUACUUUCAAGAUUUCUAUACAAAUUCCUGGAUUGGGUAUGGGUGAAGCCAAGGAGGAUAGAAAGGCUGUUUAGGCAGCAAGGUUUUUCGGGCAAUUCUUACAAGCCGUUGAUCGGAGAUUUGGUAGAAAUCGCACGCUCCACCUUCCAAGCAAACCGCUGCGGACCUUUGGAGAAUCUUUCUAACGACAUCGCCCCUCGCAUUCUCCCAUUUCUUCAUAAUGCAAUCCGAGUCUAUGGCAAGAAGUCUUUUCUGUGGUUUGGAACAGCACCAUCCGUGAUCAUCACAGAGCCCGGAUUGAUUAAGGAAAUGCUCGCAAAUUACACCACUUUCCACAAGCCAAAUCGGUCGGCAAUGUUGGAGGUAGCACGAGGACUGUUUGCCUGUGAAGCAGACAGAUGGCAGAUGAACAAAAGAAUUAUCAAUCCAGCUUUUCACAUAGAGAAGUUGAAGGUUAUGGUACCUGCAUUCUAUAAAACCAGUCGCGAGAUGGUGGAUAAAUGGGACAACAUCGUAAAACCAGAGGGGUCGGAGGUCAACGUUGGGCCAUAUCUCAGCAUCUUAACCAGCGAUGCGAUUGCACGAACGGCUUUUGGCAGCAACUUUGAAGAAGGAAGAAACAUAUUCCACAAUCUUGAUAAGCUAACCAUGCUUAUCAAUGAGCUUGGACCAUUCGCGUUCAUCCCACAGUAUUGGGCUUUGCCAACUAAAAUGAAAAUGAAGAUACAGAAAAAGGCGAGGGAAGUGAGAGGAUUAGUACAAGAAGUUGUGGUGAAGAGAAUGGAGGAGGUGAGAGCAGGAAAAGCUACUGCAAGCACAGCAGAUCUACUAGGAAUUUUGUUGGAAUCAAACCUAGAAGAAAUCAGAAAUAAUGGAAACAUGAACAAGGGAUUGAGUAUGGAUGAAGUAAUAGAAGAGUGCAAAUUAUUCUACUUUGGGGGACAAGAAACCACAACCAACUUGAUUGGAUGGACCUUAAUUUAUAUGGGUAAACACUUAGAGUGGCAACAACGAUUAAGGGAUGAAAUCAUGCAAGCCUUUGGGCCGGUGGCCGCCAUUCAAUCUUGCGAUUUUCACAAGUUGAGUCACCUCAAAAUUAUGAACAUGAUACUUAAUGAGAUUCUGAGAUUGUAUCCACUUGCUCCAGUGUUGUCUCGCGAGACUCGAGAAGAUACAAAACUAGGAAACAUUAAGCUACCUGCGGGAGUGCAUGUUGUGGUUCCCUUAAUUUCAUUGCAUCGGGACAAGGAUUUGUGGGGUGGCGAUGCCCUAGAGUUCAAACCAGAGAGGUUCAAAGAUGGAAUUUCAAAGGCAUCCAACACCCCAGGUGCCUAUUUUCCAUUUGGCGGUGGGCCACGAAUUUGCAUUGGUCAAAACUACGCAUUGGUUGAAGCCAAAGUCGCAUUGAUAGCAAUCUUACAACGGUUCAGCGUCCAGCUUUCUCCAUCUUAUAAGCAUUAUCCUGAAUGGGUUUUAACUCUUCAGCCACGUUCAAUUGCGGUCAAUUUGAUAUUGCGCAAGCUAUAAUAAGUUGAUGUUUUUUGAACACAUAUAUAUGUGAUUGGUACGUACGUACGUGACUAUAUAUGUUGCUUCUAUUUUGAGUCCCGUAAGAUUUAAUGUAUGUUUUUAUUUGAGAUUGACGUCACUAGCAGGCGAGCGGCCUGUUUAUGGAACUUGACAUAUAUGUUUUAAUUUAAUGCAUAAAUAAAAUGCUUCCAAGCCAGUUUGAUUAUAAUAU